AUGAUGUUGUUCAGAGAUACACUGCAGCCUGUCCUAUUCCCCAUUCUCUAUUUCAAUGUUUUGUCUGUCUGGGCUCAAUUUACGGUGGAGUUUACACUACCUGAGAACUGUCCUCUGAACACAUUGGUUGGAAGUUUGUAUAACCAACCACCUUUGGGCAGUGCACUGCCCCUGUACGCGACCACAAAGAACGCAUUUCAAUUACUCACGCCAACAAACCUGUUCUAUUUAAAUGAGACCAGCGGGGAUUUAUUAACACGAAAUCAGAUCGACCGAGAAACCAUAUGUUCCGAUUCUGGUCCGUCGAUAAACACGCUGAAUGGCCUUCCCUUGCAGCAGCAUAGAGGUGACCAGCGGUCAUCGGACAAUGCGGCGGAUACUGUCUGUCGGUUUCGUCUACAGGCACUUUAUUUCACACACUCUCAGUCGAACUCAGAUGUUCACCAGCACCACGUAAUUAUCAUCACCAUCAUUGUUCUAGAUAUUAACGAUAACCCACCCGGCUGGCAGGAAAGCACUAUUACGUUUUCUGUGACCGAGCACACACCUGUUGGCACAAGAUUCUUAUUACCCAGCGCGUAUGACCCAGAUUGUGGCCCUGUGAACACCACAAUAAGCUAUACUACAAGAAGUAUUCCUAUUAAUGGGAAACGUGUUAAUGAUAUUGAUGUGACAGACCACCAAGAAGCCUUUCAGCUUGACACCGAAUUGGUAUCUGGGCUGAAUAAUCCAGAUUUCGGUCACAGCCUGUGGAGCGGACAUUCUGCUGGGUGCUUCAGGAGAGAUUUUAAGCUCUGGCUUCGCGUAAUUCGCGAUCUGGAAUAUGACGAAUCGCCCGCUUUGUAUGAUGGACUAAAGGAAAAUGAACAAAUGAGGACAAACAGCCUGCGAUCAAGACAUAUGCAGUUUUAUUUGCUUGGUGCCGAUGGUGGACAGCCAGUUGCGCUUACUGGUUCCGUUCUAAUUAGCAUUACUGUUACCGACACAAACGACCACGCACCUGUGUUUCGGUUGCAAAGAAAAUUGGAGGAAAGUCAGCCGCAGCAUAUUACUAUCCCCGUUCCACCAGGAGAAGAGAUCAUCCAGGUGGAGGAAAACAUGGCGGUAGGUAGAGUUGUGUACACAGCUCAAGCUGUGGACAUUGACGACAGUGAUAAGGGAAAGUUGAAAUUCUAUAUGGAAACAUCGGCAGGCAGUUUAACGAGGACGAUAUUUGAGGUAAGAGCAAAAACAGGGGAAAUCGUGUUGCUCCAGACGUUGGACUAUGAGAAGAUCAAAUAUAUGAUUGUGCCUAUAGGGGUUACAGAUGGUAAACAUAGAGUUUCACUCAGAGUUCACAUAUUCGUUAUCAAUCAAAACGAUCACCCUCCCACAAUAACAAUCCAACCAGUUGUGCCACCAGGUUCGCCGCAAAAAGGAACGCAGGGUCGUUUGCAACGCCCAUUUAGCACCCACCUACCACAUGGAAAAGCCAUGGUGACUUUAUAUGUGAGAGAACACGAGCCUCCAGGCAGGUUUAUUGCCACUGUCACCGUGAGUGACACAGACGAAGUUCCAGGAUCCGGCAGUGUUUUACCAGGCCAGAAUUCUUAUGCAUCUUCAGUGCAUAUGACACCCAACCGCAAGUUUGAGGAGAAAGAUGUGUAUGGUUCAAGAAUGCCUUGCCAGAUCAACCUUAAGGGAUUAUCACUUCAACCAUUAUUUGAUGGCGCCAUUAAUCAAUUCAAGUUGCUUACGACCAUCACUUUUGACCGUGAGCAACAAACCGAGCAAUACGCCGUAUUGACCUGCGUGGAUCGGGGUCAGCCGCCGUUAUCAUCUCAAAUGAGCUUACACCUGGUGAUUGAAGAUAUAAACGACCAUAUACCUGUAUUCAAACAAAAUAAAAUGAUAGCAUAUUUAAAAGAGAAUGAACCUCCGGGGAGCAAAGUUUAUGUUGUGGAGGCAACAGAUUCAGACAUUGGUGUUAACGCGCAGCUUACUUUCAGUCUAGAUGUGGAUCACGGUAAUGAUUUUGCUAUCGAUCCGACAACUGGAGUACUAACAAGCUUACGUUCGUUUAACCGCGAACAUGAAGAGCAAUUUAAUUUAACGGUCAGGGUUUCUGAUCGAGGGAAUAUUCAUACAAGCAAUCAAAGUUCCCGGUAUGCGGUAUUCGGUACAGAACUAGAUGAGGAGGAGCAACAUAUGCUCACUGGGAAAGUACAUGUGUAUAUACAGGAUGUAAAUGACUGUCCGCCUGUCUUCACAAACCCGCUGUACCAAUUAUCCGUCCCAGAAGAUGCCAAAAGUAACCUCUUGCUAGGACAGAUAAAUGCAAACGACAGUGAUGCAACUGAAGCAAAUAAUCAGAUACAUUACAAACUCAGACCCCAAACUGGGAGUUCGGAUGUCCAAGAAUUCCGCGUCUCUCCACAAGGCUACAUUUAUGUCUCCCGUGGAAAUUUGGAUCGAGAAAAAGUUUCUAGUUACAGUUUCUUCCUAGUUGCAAUUGAUUCAGGCAUCCCACCUUUGUCCUCGUCUACUCAAGUUCAUGUAUAUUUGAUGGACGUCAAUGACAAUGCUCCAACGUGGUUAUUCCCAACACAUAACAACCAAAUUAUAAAUGUGACGGUUAGCGAACCAGUAGGUUACCGGUUGGCUCAGCUAAAGGCCGUGGAUCCGGACGACGGCGAAUAUGGAGAGGUUCAAUAUCGGUUGGUGCAGAGCAGUAAAAUUACCAUCACAGAUGCCUCUUUUCAUAACAAUCCCAUACCAGUUUCAGCUGGCUUACUUGCCAACGCUUUGGACGAUGCACGAACUGUGAACCCGGGCUUCAUGCGGCAAAAUAUUAAAGAUCUUUUUGAACUUGACCCAAUCAGUGGUUCAUUAUAUAUCGGACGUUCAAUGGGUCUGGAUGACGUAGGAACAGCCAAGCUGGUUGUGGAGGCCAGUGACCAAGGCCGUCCGCCUAAAGUGAAUCAUCGUAUUCUACAAGUGAACGUGUUAAGAUAUCUAACUCACACAAGUGCCUCUUCCCUUGACCAUUUUGGAGAACUGGAACCCGUUGGAAGUGGAGGAGAAAAAAGCAUUCACAGGGGACAUACUAAUGGCCAGAGUGGGCAAGUCGAGAAUGACCUGAUUGUAAUUGUGAUCAUGGUAGCCAUCACACUGAUCAUAUCUCUCGUGCUUAUUAUGGCAAUAUUAUUUCUUCGCUGCGGUGUUUGUCCACUAAGGGGAUUCCCACACUAUAGUUCAGCAUUACAGAAUGAUUGUCGACGUACACUCAAUCGAACCCAUCAUCUGGAGGAAGUUUUCAGGGAUUCUGGGAAUAUUGACGACCUACACACGGGAAAUUGCAACCAGUUCAGUGAUACUUGUUUAGGCGCUUUCCACCGUGCCACGGAGUCUGAGCAGAUGUGUCAAAGUUUUUUGUCCACUUCGGGCACUGACCCUUGGGUUGUUACAACUUUGAGCCCGAAAAUCAACUCCCAUAGAGGACUGGAAACCAUCAACUUUAACCGCACCGGUGGCAGCGUUUCGCGUUUUAAUUCGCCAGUUGCGGUUUAUGACUUCACAAAAAGACCUAGCAUUCCAGGCCUAACAACAAAAUCCAAGCUGUUCUACGAAAGGCCAAUUGAACCACAAUCUGUAACAAGCUCCCCAAAUCAUGAGGUUAAAUUGGUACUUUCGAAACGGCCCGUUCCAGCAUCGGAUGCAGUGGCGUGUUCAACGUUUCGUGCAAGUUGCUCUCAUCUGAGCACCACUCCAAGCAGACUGAUUAGGAAGUGCGAUGAUACUGACAGCCUGGAUAGCGGCCAGGGAAGAAGUAGUGCCACAGAAAAUGGAGCAGCUUCGUUCCCAGAUACAUCAAACGGGGAUGAAAAAUGGAACGCUCGGCUAUCAACAUUUGGUGGUCUAACUUCACGUAAAUCUCACUGUGACAAUCAAUCAUCUAGGCAACCUAAUUCGGAUGUCGAGCUUCGUGCUUUUGGAAGACAAGGCACUCUGCUUACAAGACCCAAGUGUGGCACGUUACCAUUGUCCUUUGGCGACGAAAAUCGCGACGAUGUGUUGGGCGCCAAAUCAAUCACGGAUGUCUCAAAAGACAAGCACAAAUGCGCUAACAGUGAAGUAAGAUCGGUGAAAUUAGCAUCCUCAAAGAUGAGGCAAUCAGUCACUUGGUUAGAUUCCAAUCACGAGACGUACGAACGAAAAGCACAGCUCGGUUGUUUCAUGGAGGAAAAAACUCCGCCCGAGUGUCAUGCCGAUGGAAAGUUCAAAAUCAAAGAGGACACACUGGUCCUUUACAGCCCAACUGAUCCUUUGGGCUACACACAAUUGGCACGUUCACCGUCUAUCAGCAAUUGUGAUAGAAUGUCGCCAACUCUGAGUGUUUACUCAUCUUUUCCUACCAGUUUUGUAUAAACUGUAUUUUUCCCUUUUGUGUGAUGCCUGCAAGCUUAAUUCCUUGUGAACGCCGCAGUUACUUGCAUUUCUGGUGGCUUCUUGUACAUUUCUGACAAUGAUCUUUAGUGCGAUUUCUAUCAGAAAGUGACAUUUCCUUAGUCAUUUGAAUAUAGACGCUGUCGGAGUCU